AUGUUUGUUGCAACAUUACUAUAUAGAAUUCAAAUUUAUUCUGAUUAUUCAUUUAAUCGCCUUAUUAAACAAGUUCAAAAUGGAUUUUAUUCAAUUCUUGAACAUACACAUUAUCCUCUUCAACAAAUAUUUCAAGAUUUAGAUUAUAAACAUUCAUCUUCUGCAUUUCUCAAUAUAUUAUUUGAUUUCAUUACUUAUUCAUCUGAUACUGAUCUUCUAUCUGUAAAUCAAACACAAUUUCAAUCAGUACCAUUGAAACAAAUGCAAAAUGUUGUUAAAUUUGAUAUGAAACUAUUAUUUUUUCAUGAUCGAACAGUUCAAAAUCAAACAAUAUCAUGUUCUCUAAUUUGUUCACAAGAUGUCUUUAUUGUCAUGUUGUUUAUUAUAAAAACAUUUCUCAACAAGGAAUAA